ACAGAGUCUGUAUAGUUCAGGCUGGCCGUGAACUCACUGUAGCCCAGGACUCAAAUUCGCUGUAAUCUUCAGUGCUGGAAUUGUAGACGUGCACCACCAUGCCUGGCAGCAGAAUUCUUUUUAGAAGCUAGAGACCAGGUAUCCAGAAUCAAGGUGUCUGCAGGGCUCUAGGGGAGAAUCUGCUCUUUGCCUCUUCUAGCUUCUGGUGGCAUUUUUUGACUUGUGACUACAUCACUCCAGUGUCUAUCCACGUGAUCAUAUCGUCUACUACUAUUUAAUCGCCAUCUGUCUCAUGCUUAUAUGGAUACUUGUCAUUGGAUUUAGGACACACCCACAUACUUUAAGGUACCUACUCCAUUCAAAGCACUGUACCAGACCCUGGGUUGUAAACUGUAACGUGGUCAAUGUGGAUAGACUGCUUUCCUCUUUGACAGAUACAUCAUCUUUUACCAAAAACCUUUUUAAAAACUUGGUGUGGAGAAAGGAGAGUAUUCGUUUUUUUUAUGAAAGGAGUUUGCCACACAGAGACACUGGGCUUGGGAGAUGACCUCAAGCAGGAAAUGGAUCUUCAUGGAGGAACACGGAGUAACCCAGACUGAACACAUGGCGACCAUAGAAGCCCAUGCAGUGGCCCAGCAGGUACAGCAAGUCCAUGUGGCCACUUACACUGAGCACAGCAUGCUGAGUGCUGAUGAAGACUCCCCUUCCUCCCCCGAGGACACCUCCUAUGAUGAUUCAGAUAUACUAAACUCCACUGCAGCCGAUGAGGUGACAGCCCAUCUGGCUGCUGCAGGUCCUGUGGGAAUGGCUGCUGCGGCUGCUGUGGCAACAGGGAAGAAACGGAAACGGCCUCAUGUGUUUGAGUCUAAUCCAUCUAUCCGGAAGAGGCAGCAAACGCGGUUGCUUCGGAAACUUCGAGCUACAUUAGAUGAAUAUACUACUCGAGUGGGACAGCAAGCUAUUGUCCUCUGUAUCUCACCCUCCAAACCCAACCCUGUCUUCAAGGUGUUUGGUGCAGCACCUUUGGAGAAUGUGGUGCGAAAGUACAAGAGCAUGAUCCUGGAAGACUUGGAGUCCGCUCUGGCGGAACACGCCCCUGCGCCACAGGAGGUUAACUCUGAGCUGCCGCCUCUCACCAUCGAUGGGAUUCCGGUCUCUGUGGACAAAAUGACCCAGGCCCAGCUUCGGGCAUUUAUCCCAGAGAUGCUCAAGUACUCUACAGGUCGGGGAAAACCAGGCUGGGGGAAAGAAAGCUGCAAACCCAUCUGGUGGCCUGAAGACAUCCCCUGGGCAAAUGUGAGAAGUGAUGUCCGCACAGAAGAGCAGAAGCAGAGGGUUUCAUGGACCCAGGCUUUACGGACCAUAGUUAAAAACUGUUACAAACAGCAUGGGCGGGAAGAUCUCUUGUAUGCUUUCGAAGAUCAGCAAACACAAACACAGGCCACCACCACACACAGUAUAGCCCACCUUGUACCAUCACAGACUGUAGUGCAGACCUUUAGCAACCCAGAUGGUACCGUCUCACUUAUCCAGGUUGGCACAGGGGCAACAGUAGCCACAUUGGCUGAUGCUUCAGAAUUGCCAACCACGGUCACUGUUGCGCAGGUGAAUUAUUCUGCUGUGGCUGAUGGAGAGGUGGAACAAAACUGGGCCACAUUACAGGGAGGUGAGAUGACCAUCCAGACAACGCAGGCAUCAGAGGCCACCCAGGCAGUGGCAUCCUUGGCAGAGGCCGCAGUGGCAGCUUCUCAGGAGAUGCAACAGGGAGCCACCGUCACCAUGGCGCUCAACAGCGAAGCUGCUGCCCAUGCUGUCGCCACCCUGGCCGAGGCCACCUUACAAGGAGGGGGACAGAUCGUCCUGUCUGGGGAAACCGCAGCAGCUGUCGGAGCACUUACUGGAGUCCAAGAUGCUAAUGGCCUCUUUAUGGCAGACUAUGGAGGUUGCAAGUGGAUCCUGGCAAGAAGGCUGCAGGUGGGCCUGGUCCAGAUCCCGGUGAGCAUGUACCAGACUGUGGUAACCAGCCUCGCCCAGGGCAAUGGGCCAGUGCAGGUGGCCAUGGCCCCUGUGACCACCAGGAUAUCAGACAGCGCAGUCACCAUGGACGGCCAGGCUGUGGAGGUGGUGACGUUGGAACAGUGACACACGGCCAUACCAUGGCAUCGUUUUCUAGUCUACUUCAAAAUUUUUUACACGUUUUGCAAAGGUGCAAUCAAAUGGAAUUAAGUCUCUCGACUUUGGAAGAAAAGUUUUGUUAACCUUUUUUUUUAAAGGAAGAAAGGUGGCAGAUUUAGGAAUUGCAUUUUUUUUUAAAGCACCACUCUUGAUUUUCUGGGAUUGGUGGAAUAAGAAGCUGCAUUGUCAAUUUCACUGUCCCAAAAAAGCCAAAUUGUGGCAGGACUUCUUUCUGCAGAAACGUGUGUGUAUACUUACGUGUGUGUGUGUGAGUGUGAAUAUAUGUAAAUGUGUACAUAUGGACAUACACAUUUACAUAUAAAUAUAAAGUGUGUGUGUGUAUAUAUAUAUACAUGCAUACAUAUAUAUGUAUGAAACCCGCAUGAAAUUCUCUGUAUGAAAUCAAGGUGAGCUGUGGAAACAAUAAUCCACCCAGUUUAGUGGGUGAUAGGGUACGUGGCCAGACACAGUCACCUGGUUUUUGUUCAUACCAGGGUCAUGCGUUGAGCUACUGACAAACUCAGGCAGAGGUGACCACGUCCUUCACCAAAGCUGCCUCCCAGCAGCCGCCCAGAACUCUCCCUGCUGGACUCAACUGAGGAAGGAGGUUCCAGGACGCAGCGGGGCCCAGGACCAGUGGUCUGCUGGCUGGGAUGCUCUCGGCUGGCCCAGGUGCUGAGCUCAGCUCGGGCAGAGGGCUGCCAUGAAAGCUCCGGGACAGGGCCAAGAAGGUGAUCCUCAGCCUCACGCCUCCUCCCUUCCCAGGGACCCUUCUGGAGCUCAUGACUGUUGAAGAGUUGCUUUGGUUUUAAGCUGGCUGGAGCAGCUUAACAGAGCAGACCCUGCACCAGAAAGGGACACCGGGCUCAGGAGCGACGGCCGACACAACAGAGCAUCAGGAGAGGGAGGGGCCCAGUUCCUGGAUCCCCUCCUUCAGGAGCGGCUCCCUGAGGCCCCUUUCCUGCCUGUGACCCAGGCCCUGACCAGCCUUCCUGCUCACAGGUGUCGACUGGUCUGGGUGUUGCCGCUGUCAAAUUCUGCGCUUUCCCAGCAGCAGCCCUGAGUCUCCAGUGGAUAAAUUCACCUGACGUUUUGACAGGCCAAAUCUCUGCUCCUUGAGUACAGGGACAACACUUUCUCCCUCUUCCCAGGUUUCCCUACAUGUGUGAUAGUGUAUUUAAUGUGUUUUUUUAUGCGAAUUAAAAGAUUCCUCAUGUCUUGCUCAGCCUUUGACAAAAGUUUCAGAUUCUUGUAUUUGCUUGUUUUAUAUAAAACUAUCCAAUGUUCUUUGUAUGUUCUUUUCUGUACGUAAUGGGGGGAGGGCAGGGAAAUUUACAUAUGAACAGUCCUAGUUCUAUAAUUUGUUAUUUUUUUAAUUAUUAUUUUUUAUUGUCAUUGUGAAGCUGUCCAGGACUUUAAAGUCCAUGUUCCUUUGUGGUAAAAUAACCUCCUAAUAGUUUGAGAAAUUGCCAAGAAGAAAAAAAAAAAGCAAAACCCCAGUAGCAAAGCAUGGAUUCUGUGUUGUUUUCCAUUCUGUCUAUACUGCCUCAUUCAAUAAAUAGUGUAAAACGUGGCAACA